GAGCGGGGACUGACUGGAACACUGAGUGAUAACUGCAUCAAAAAAGCGAUGCAGCUGAUCAAUCUGUCACUGCAGUUCCUUUUUCUCAUUCAGAAUCAAACAACAAAAACAUUUAACUUUCUGAGAGACUCCCAGUUGGGAAAUCAGCACAUUCCGGGCAGUUGGUUCUGUAAGGAUGGAAGGUUGGUGUGAAGCUACAUCGCAUUCAGGAAAGCUCGUGACACAGACACUCCCGACAAGUGCUGCCAGAUCUAUCGAAUCUCUAGCGAUUGUUGGACAAUGGGAGCACUGCUGUCUCAACUCAAUGCUAGGAAGGAUGGAUUCGCCUUGGAGAGAGUACAAGUUAGGUUGCCAAGAAUGGGACCUGGACUUCAGGGAUUAAAUUAUGAGGAGAGAUUACGCAAAUGAGACCUGUUUUCUCCAGAAUUUAAAGUGUUGAGGGGCGAUCCGAUUGAAGAUAUUGACAGGAAAAGAUAGGAUGGAUUAAGAGAAACUGUGUCCACUGGUUGGCGAUACCAGAAAUGGGGAGGACAUAUUCUGAGAUUUAGGAAUGGAACAUGCAGGAGAAAUGUUAGGAAGUGCUUCCCACAGAAAGGGUGGGAGGUGAUUGGAACUCACUUCCAUAAAUGCCAUUGGAUGGUGGAUCAGUCGUUAUUUUCCAUUCUGAGUUCGUCAAUGUUUCUUCCGCAGCAAUAUGAAGGGGAUAGGGGGCAGGCAGAUAUAUGGAGCUCGGCCACAGGUCAGGCGUUGAAUGGUAGAGUAGGCUCCAAAGGGCUGAAUGGCCUACUGCUGUUCCUGUAAAUGUGAGAGAGAAGGCAUUGAUGUAGCUGGCAACAGGUCACACUGAGUUGGAAACUGCUGUACUACAAAACCGCGUCAGAAAUGUCACUAAUCUCCUUGCUUCUGACCCUCUUGAAUCUUGCUCUGUUUGGAAUCACCCAAGCUAUUCGAAGGCCUGUGCUUUACAUAAAUCCUGCAACUGGUUUCUUAAAAGAAGGAGGGACUUUAAAACUGGAAUGUGCAACAGAUAAAGGACGAGUUAUUUAUUGGUUCAAAAAUAAACAAUAUUUCGAUUCCACACAGAGUAAUAUUUACGAAGAACCCGUCGACAGUGAAACCGGUGGGUCUUAUCACUGUAUGACAUCCACUCCAUGGAAAAAGAGUGAAACUGUUGAAGUUGUCGUCACAGUUUCUGAUGAAGUGCUAACUCUGGAAGCCAAUCCUGAACAUGCUCUGAGAAAUGAGAGGAUUGAAAUGAGCUGCUGGACCCGACCCCAGAACCUGAGAGGACGUAAUCAUUUCGGAUGGUAUCGAAAUAAUGGGUUAAUAAAACAGUCUACAUACGGGUCACUGACCAUAGAAAGUGCAGCGUAUUCAGAUGAAGCAUCUUAUCGGUGUGAAUUAAAAAUUGGCUAUAAAAAGUGGGUUUCGAAUGAACUAAACAUCACAGUAUCAGAUGGAAAUGUGGCUUUCCACGUUGUCCCAGUUUCACCUUUGGAAGGAGAGACAGUGAAACUGAAUUGUCGGUCCAGAUUAGAUAUUUGGUGGGAGACAGAAUUUACCUUUUAUAAAAAAGGCAAGAUGAUCCAUUCAAUGAAGUCUGAAAAACGUGAGUCUUCGCACAGCAUUAAAAUAAACAGCACCGAUGACAGUGGAUUGUACAGCUGUAAAGUGUACCCGUACAUAUCAUGGCCUGUUGAUGUUCAGGUUCAAGAACGCUUUGCAAAGCCCGUGUUGCGGGUGGGGCCAGCGGCUGAAGUAUUCGAGGGGCUCCGGCUCAUGCUGACGUGCACUGUCCAGAUGGCACGGCCCUCCGUCCAGUUUCAUUACUCGUUUCACAGAGACAGCGACGCCCUGAAGACGGUGCCUGAUCAUAGCAGCGUGUACACGAUCAAUGCAACGGCUGCAAAUGAUUCUGGGAAUUACAGCUGUGAAGCGAUUGAGGCAGUUUACAGUCUGAGAAAGAGGAGCGACAACAUUCACAUUUCCAUUAAGCAGUCAUUCGCUGUCCCUAAGUUGACUGUGCGUCCUGAGGGACAGCUGUUUGAUGGUCACCGGAUUGAACUGCUGUGCUGCAUUGAAGAAAAUCCCUUCCAAGCUUCCUUGUGGUACACCUUUUACAGAAAUAGUGUCCCUCUUCAGUCUUCAUCCGACCACAGCGAUUACAUCUCUGAGUCAGCUCAUCCAGCAGACUCGGGUACUUACCACUGUGAAGUCACAAACGGGAAGGUGUGGAAACGCAGUAAUCAGCUCGAUUUGUCCAUCAGACGAAUUCCGGUGUCAAAACCAGAACUAAUAAUUCAACCCGGAAAGGGGCUAAUCGAAGGAGAUACGGGAUCCUUAAUCUGUUCAGUCUCCAAUGGUUCUCUGCCGAUUUAUUACCAAUUCUACAACAGCUCAAGUGUGGAACUGUACAGGGAGCUUUCCAACAGCACUGAGGUGGUUUAUAACAUUGGAGCUAUCAACAGAAGGGACGAAGGGCUUUACCAUUGCUCAGUGAGAAAUGAGGUGACAGGACCUCAGCACAGUGAAGACAUCGCGAUCACGGUGAUAGUUCCUGUCAAAGAUGCUGUGCUGAUUUCCUGCACCAACGGGACUGAGAUACAGUCCGGGGAGGACCUUGUUCUCCGAUGUCUGGUGGGGGAAGGCACUCAGCCUCAGUUCCUUUGGUACCAUAACAAUGUGCCAUUGAGAAACAGUAGUGUAAGCUACCAUGUAACGGCUGAUGGUGGUGAGCUGGUUAUUCAUUCAUUCCAGAGAGACGAUGUUGGGAAGUAUCACUGUGCAGCAAUCAACAAAGGAACCAACGACAUUAUUUUUAACGUGACCAGUGAUGACAUCGAAUUCACACUGCGAGCUCGGAGCUAUUCCAAGGAAAUUUUGGUAUCACUCCUCUCAGUUCUGCUGUUCGCCGGCCUGAUUGUGUUGGUGUGCUUCAUCCACCGGAGGAGGGACACAGGCAAUUCGUCAACUGUAUCACAGCUCAGGGAAUCCCAACCUUUUGGUGAAGGGGCAGCAGCCAGACAUCUGGAGUAUGCAGCAGUUGGAGCAGCACACACUGCUGGUGAGUGCCAUUGUAUCGGUGUGAUUAAAGACCCCCACACAGUGAUAGUGCAUCGUAACCUGUUAGAAAUUCUGGUCGAACAUCUGAGCCGUCAGAUAGGGCAGUUUUCCUUGGAUAUGUGGAGGCUAAGUGGGAGGGAAUUCAGCCCUUAUACCUUGUUCUACCAUUCGUUAUGAACAUGCCCGACCAUCCAGCUUAUUUCUCCGGUUCUCAUAGAAACUAGGAAUAGUCAAUUUGGCUCUUCUCGCCAACUCGCCCAUUUGAUCGAAUUGUGAAUAUCCAACUCAGUCCCCGGUUCCCUGAUUACUCUCUUACAUCUUUCCAUGUUUUAACCCCCAAAGGUGAUACUUUUAGAUUUUAAUGUAGUGAUCACUUAUUGGGGUUGGGGGUCUUAAAAAGAACAAAACAGAAAUAGGCCCAUCGGCUCUCCAAGACUGUGCUUAUCAUAAUGCCCGAACCUUACUAAAAAAAAACCUCCUGAUUUUUUUGGUUUGUAUCCCACAAUUCUCUUCCUGUUCAUGUGACUAUCCAAAUGCCUGUUAAAUGUCACCGACGAUCCUGCUUCCACCACCCCUUCUAGUUGUGCUGUGGAGCCCCUCCAACACACUGUGUGAAAAAAAAUUAACUCGUAUAUCUCCCUUAUACUUUACUCCUCGUAUCCUGAACCUGUGUCUCCUUAUAAUUGAAACUUCAAUCCCGAGAAAUAAGCUUCUGACUAUCUACCAUAUCAAUGCACCUCAUAAUUUUGUAGAUGUCUAUCGAGUCUCCUCUCAGCCACCGUCUUUUCGGUGAAAACGAUUCUUGUUGUUUUAACCUUUCCGCAUACCCAACGCCCUCGAGACCAGAUAACAUCCUAGUGAACCUUCUCUGCACUGUCUCCAAAGCAUUCACGUCAUUGUGGUAGUGUGGCGACCAAAACUGCACACAAUACUCCAAUUGCGGCCUCGCAAGGACUUUAUACCACUGCAACAUGGUUUGCCAAAUAUUGUACUCCAUGCCCAGGCAAUGAAGGCAGAAUGCCAUAUGCCUUCUUCACCUAAUUGGCCAGCAUGGAUUGAAGGUAAGGAGAUGGAGAUUUAGAGGAGGGUGUGAGGAAAAAAAAGAGGUUUGUGGGAAAUCUGGAACUUACUGUCCGUAAAGAUGGGGCAGGCAGAAAUCCUCAUUGAUGAAAAACUUAGAUGUGCAUUUGUGAUGCUAAGGCUAUGGGUGAAGUGCUGAGGAGAUGGAAUCAGAGAAUAGUAAGGUGGUUGUUUUUGACUGGCAUGGACUCGAUG